AUGUCUACUGAAGAUAAGCAGGUUUGUGAGGCAAUAGUUGAAAGGAAAGGGAUAGGACAGGAAGACAGAGAUGAUUCAGGAAUCAGUGAUUAUGGAUUGUCAUUAGAUAGCCCAUUAGCACAUUCAACCAGUUAUCCCAAGACACCGGGACAAACGACGAGAAAUAAGUCAGUUUCAGAAGAUGCAGAUAAGUGGUCAAUGUUGAUAAACUUGAUAAAGGAAAAUGACGCAUCAUUAGAGAAAGGUUUCAGAGAAUCGUUAAAGAAAGGUUUACAAGAAAAUAACGCAUCACUAAAGGAAGAUUUACGAGAAUCAUUAGAGAAGGGUUCACAAGAAACAAGAGAAUCACUAAAGGGUUUACAAGAAAAUAACGCAUCAUUAGAGAAAGGUUUACAAGAAGCUAGAGAAAGGGAAGAAAUAUUCCGCAAAUCGUUAAAGGAAGAUUUACAAGAAACUAUAGCACAAGAGAUCAAAACAUCGCAGAUGAAGAUGGAAUAUAAUCUGAAGAAGGAAAUGCAGGAGUUACAAGAACGACUGAAGAUGGACAUCGACGAGAGAGAGAGGAAGCUACAGAAGAGCGUACACCAAGUCCAGGGAGACGUGGAGAAGAUGGAAGGAAAGUUGACAAAAAAGAUAGAAGACGAUGUUGAAGAAACUAAAGCCGAAUUGGGAGAAAGGAUCGUCGAGGUGACGCAGGUGCAGAAACAAUGCAAUGAUGCAGUCAAGGGGAUAGGAGAUAGGCAAAACCAACUGGCUGUCAAUCUGAGAAAUGCUAUAGCCGUGCAACGAGAAGAGGAUAACAAGAGGGUUGCAAUGGAGGUCAGGCAAUUACAACAGGGAGUGCAGGAAUUGGAGAGCAAGACAGAAGAAAUUGAUAAACGAAUUAGCAAUGCCACUUUAACCGUUGGGGAAGGUAGAGUAGUCACCUUGAUGAGCAGUGAUAGUCGGUACGUCCAAAAUAAUACAGGGCAGAAAUUUAGACCGAAAGAAGGGUUGCACCCAAUGAUAUUUAUGAAAUGGUUAAAAGGAGUUUUCCCAGCACAUCUUAAAGACUCAGACAUGAUUCAGUUUGCAAUAGAGAGAAUGGAAGGUGAGGCCUUCACUUGGGGAGUCAGGAAGAAGGAAGGGACUACUAGUUAUGAUCAGUUUGAAGGAGAAUUCUUGAAGAAAUACUGGUCCAAAAGUCAUCAGUGUGCAGCAAUUGAGGACCUACUCCACCGCAAGUCACUUAGUACAUGGAGAGGAACGUUGAGAGAGUUUGCGAACAUUUGUGGGAAUUGA